CCUCCUCCUCUUUCAUCAUGGCUCCCUCGAUAGACAGGCAAGGAUACUGGGGGCGGCCGACCUCAACACUGGACUGGUGUGAGGAAAAUUAUGUCGUGUCCUUUUACAUCGCGGAAUUCUGGAACACUGUCAGCAACCUGAUCAUGAUUCUCCCUCCCAUUUACGGGGCCAUCCAGACAUUCCGUGACGGCCUCGAGUCCCGCUACAUCUGCUCUUUUCUCGGACUGGCAGCUGUUGGUGUUGGUUCCUGGUGCUUCCACAUGACGCUGCUGUAUGAGAUGCAGUUACUGGAUGAGUUGCCUAUGAUUUACAGUACCUGCGUUUUUGUCUACUGUAUAUAUGAGUGUUUCAAGCAGGAGAAGGGUGUCAGUUUAUUUCCUAUUGCAAUAUUAUUUAUCUUCAGUGUCUCAGUCACUGUGGUAUAUUUGCAGUGGAAGGAGCCAGUGUUUCACCAGGUCAUGUAUGGUGCUCUAGUAGCUUGCCUAGUAUUGCGUUCUAUCUUCAUUGUUACAUGGGUGUACCCAUGGCACAAGCCACUGUUCUACACCUCUUUAGCUAUCUUUUUGUUGGGUUUCCUUCUUUGGAACAUCGACAAUAUCUUCUGUGACUCUUUAAGAGCCAGUAGACAAACACUGCCCCCUGGUGUUGGAGUGGUAACACAGUUCCAUGCGUGGUGGCACAUAUUUACAGGUCUGGGGUCUUACCUACACAUACUUUUCAGUUUGCAGAUCAGAUCAACCUACCUCAAGUACAGGCCAAAAGUAAAGUUUCUAUGUGGAGUGUGGCCCACAUUGCACAUUGAACCACAGAGGACAAGCUGAAUGAAGGAAAGGGGACCAACCGAAGGAUUGUGAAUGCCAACGGCAGACAUCCUCGGCACCGGGACCUGCCAAUGUCAUCCUGCAGCUGCUGGGGGGACCCAGCCAGGGGGAGGGUGGGCCCCAAGACACCACCCCAGGGACCCUUCAGCUCUGCACUGUGGGGAUUAAGUACAGUAUAGCACUGAGAUCAGUUCUAAGAAAUUAUUAUUUUUUAAUCACCAUAAUUUAUUAGACUAGUUUUUCUGUAAUUUUAUUGGAGUGUAGUAUUUUAUUUGGUUAUUAAUUUUGGAUGCAAUGAAGUGAUCUGUUGAAGUGACUAAUGCUGAAAGGGUUUUGGACUUUAGCUUGGGUAGGGUUUGGGAAUGGGGUAAUGAGUGUCAUUAAUGCAAAAGUCACAUGACAUUGCCUUUGUAUGUUCAGUCCUGUGAAUGUUUAAAUCCCCUUCAAAUGCAUCCCUGUUAGUAGCAAGUAUAGAUCAGAGUACUUUGCUUAUCGGUAGCUGAGAGAACACUACUUACAGCACAUCCUGUCCCUAAUGUAGUUUCGGGAUAUGCUUACUACAAAUGGAGUAAAUGCCAGCUAGAAAUCUGAUGCGGUGUAGCUCAGAUGUCUCAACUCAUCAUAGUUGUUCACUCAUUUGCUUGUUUGUUUUUUAAUAUUCUAACGUUUUAAGUUACACUGGGAAUCAAAACACACGUGUGAUGUGUGAGGUAUUUUAAUAGUUCAGUGCUCGUACAAAACAAAAAAAUUAUUGACAAAGUUAAGAUUUUUCCUGGUGCAAGGCGCAAGACAAAUCACUUUCUACAUCUCCAGUUUCUCUGAACAGACAGAAAGCUUCCUCUUCCUGCUAAAGCGAUACUCUGAACUAAUUUGUGCUUUAUGAAGAACUACAGCCACCACGGGGGUAGGUGUAGUGGAACCAUAAUGAGACUACCUCAGGGUUGUUAUACAGUACAGGACAGUCAUACUUGAAACGUUGAUAGUGAAACUAGUUAAAAGUCUGUCAGUAGAACUUUAGUUGUUGAAAGUGAAUCAAAGGACCAAGUGAAUGACUGGAACAUGUCUGAGUUGUUACAUCUUUAUGAGCUGCGCUGAAUGAAGAACUGGACUUGUCCACUUCUGGCUUGCUAAAUAUCUCCUUCUGCAUUAGCUAUCCGGUCUUUAAGCUUGAGUCUGAGUCAUUAGCCGUGCCUGGGCCCAAACUCCACUGCAAAGUCACAAGAUCACUGCGGCAUCAGUGAGAGUUAAAACUGUCUAAAUUCUUUCAUCUUUAAUAAAAUGAUCAGUGUUGCUGCU